AAAAUACCAUUCAUUACUGGGGUCACCUACGACGAGGGUCUUAUGAAAUCAUUGCCCAUCAUGAACUACCCAGGAGUAUUUGAAGAGUAUUCCACGAAUUUCAAACGUGCCCUAUCCAUUUCACUUUACUAUGAUCACCAUAAUUCGUCUAUUCAAGACUCGAUAACAAAACAAAUCAAUGACUUUUAUUUCGGAAACAAUUUUUCAAAAGAUAAAUUUACGAAUUUGACAACUUUAUUCGGUGAUGGAUGGUUUCUCGACGCAAUGGACUCUUAUUUACGAAUGAGACUUUCACACAGAGAUGCUGCACCCACCUAUGUAUAUUUACUCACUCAUAAAGCAUCUAUCAGUUUUUCUGAAGUAUUUAAUGGUGAUCCGGAGACAUUUUAUGGUGUAUCUCAUGCUGAUGAGCAGCCAUAUUUCUUUCCGAAAAGAGACUCCUCAAUCUUUUCGAACUCAUUGCCAACAAAAGAAGAUGAAGAAAUGCGCAAAUCGCUUGUUCAAAUGUGGGUAGACUUUGCUCGAACUGGUAAUCCAACUCCUGAAUCAAGUAAUUUACCAAAAUGGAUUGAAGCAAAAGAAUUUCCGCUGAGAUACUAUCGCUUUGGUAAUCUUAAUUUUGAUAGCAAACCAAUGUUUGGAAUGGAAGAAAAUGGAAUAUUUGAAGAGCGUACUAAAUUUUGGAGAGAAAUCGAAGCAUUCCUACCCAGCACUCAUUCAAAAAAAGAAGAAAUAGUGACAUCCGAGUCGAGCGUAUCGAAAUCUCGUCAAAAGUCUUCCAAUUGGCUUGUAAUUUUCAUAAUAAGCUUGCUAAGUUUGGUAUUCGGACAUUUAUUGUAUAAAUUCGUAUAAAUUAGCAAUAUAAAGAUAGUAGUAUGAUAUCAAAUCACCGAUUAUUUUUUUUUUUUUUUCAUUACGUUGUUAUCAAACGAAAGAACAGCGAGAUUGAUUAUUGUA